AGAAAAAGAAAGAAGAAAAAGAAAAAGAGAGGAAAAAGACAGAAAAACCCGAAGUUAUAAGAAAGCCAGAAUUAAUUAGGACAUCAAGUCCGCCACGUUCAGAUGCAUCAUCGUCGAGCGAGAAGGAGCGCAGAGCCAGAGGAGACUCAGGAGAGGUUUCACACUAGUCCUUCUCUUUGUCCUUGCAGUUCUUGAUUUAGGAUUUCGAUUGUUUCCGAUCUCUGUGGAUGGGCCAGUCGUCUUCGACUGCCGGAAUCCCAGCGGCGUCAAGCCGUUGUUUAAGUAAUUUCGACCAUCAUCGGAACAGGAGUAGAUCCAACCCAGCCUUGAUCUCUCUGAUGCCAGGAGGCGAUGCUGGUGCUGGUGCUGAUGUUGAUGUUGAUGUUGAUGAUGUUGAUGUCGAUGUCGAUCUACAGGAGAAUGCUAACUACAUAUCCGAUCUUCCCGACGAGUGCUUGGCGUACAUUUUCCAGUCACUUGGUUCCGGUGACCGCAAGCGCUGUUCCCUAGUAUGCCGCCGUUGGCUUCUUGUUGAGGGUCAGAGCCGACAUCGUCUCUCCCUUAAGGCUGAGUCUGAUCUCCUACCUCUCAUCCCUUCGCUCUUGACUCGCUUCGAUGCCGUCACCAAACUCGCCCUUAAAUGCGACCGAAGAUCUGCCAGCAUCGGUGACGAUGCUCUUGUCCUCAUCUCUCUUCGUUGCCGUAACCUUACACGCCUCAAGCUUCGUGCUUGCCGUGAGCUAACGGACGCUGGCAUGGCUGCCUUUGCCAUUAACUGCAAGGGCUUGAAGAAGCUCUCCUGCGGUUCCUGUACCUUUGGUGCCAAGGGCAUGAACACCGUCCUCGAUCACUGCUCCUCCCUUGAAGAGCUCUCCGUCAAGCGCCUUCGCGGUAUCAAUGAUGGUUCUGCUGCCAAGCCCAUCGGCCCCGGCGUUGCUGCCUCGUCCCUUAAGACCAUUUGCCUCAAGGAGCUCUACAACGGGCAGUACUUUGGACCCCUGAUUAUAGGCUCCAAGAAUCUGAGGACCUUAAAGCUCUUCCGCUGCUCCGGGGAUUGGGAUAAGCUCCUCGAAUCCAUAGCGGAUCGGGUUACUGGCCUCGUCGAGGUCCACCUGGAGAGACUCCAAGUUAGCGACGUUGGCCUCGCUGCGCUCUCUAAGUGCUCCAAUCUGGAGAUCUUGCACCUUGUGAAGACUCCGGAAUGCACCAAUGCCGGGCUUGUGUCUAUCGCUGACCACUGCAAGCUCCUGAGGAAGCUUCACAUCGAUGGAUGGAAGACCAAUAGGAUAGGUGAUGAGGGCCUUAUUGCCAUCGCCAAAAGAUGCACUAACCUUCAGGAGCUGGUUCUGAUUGGUGUCAAUCCUACCUCUUCGAGUUUGGGCCUGCUUGCAGCCAAUUGCCAGAAUCUCGAGCGCUUAGCGCUUUGUGGGAGCGAGACCAUUGGUGAUGCCGAAAUUUCAUGCAUUGCUGCUAAAUGCAUCUCGCUGAAGAAGCUCUGCAUCAAGGGUUGCCCUGUCUCUGACCAUGGGAUGGAAGCGCUCGCUGGUGGCUGCCCUAAUCUGGUCAAGGUGAAGGUCAAGAAGUGCAGGGGAGUAACUGGCGAAGGUGCGGAUAGGUUGAGGGCAUGUCGGGGAUCAAUGGCUGUUAAUUUGGAUACAGGGGAAAUCGAUCAUCAGGAUGCUAGUGCCAGUGACGGUGGAGCACAGGACAAUGGACUCGAGUUCCCUCCAGUGGUUAGCCACAUCCCAGCUGGUGAUAAUCCAUCUAGCAGUUCUGGUAGAUCGGCAUUGUUCAAGGGUAGGUUAGGCCUUUUCGGUGGGAGGAAUUUUGUGGCCUGCACUUUCAGGAGAUGGUCAAACAGUAAUAGCAAUUCGCACAGUAACUAGUGGAAACUGAUGGAAAAAAAAAACAAAAAAAAAACAAAAAAAAAACCUAAGAAUGGAGAAGGAAAAAAACAAAGAAAAGUUAGACCUUCUUUGUUCACAUUGUUUUGUGUUGUAUCAUUGUUGUCUCCUUUCUUGUUUUUGUUUUUGUUAUUGUUUGAUGUUGUUUAUUGCCUUCAAAAUUGAGUCCAUGCUGUUAGAAAGGGCAACUGCAAGAAAUUUUCUUCUACCUCUUGCUUAACUGAUGGCUUCAAAGCAAGAACGUCCAUGCUUCUGUCGUUGGUUACUAUCUCUACAACUGCUCUUAUUGCUUCUUAAUUUACUAAUUGUAAUCACUUUCUGUUGGCACUUUUGUCGUUCUGCUGUAUUCUAUCUUAAUUCAUUGAAGCUUAUUAUUUAAAGAUCUAUUAGGACGAGAGAAGAUGGGCAUGCAGAUUGAGAUAUUUGUAGUAAUAAUAGAUGCAGCAGUAAGAUUUUCCCCAUGCAGGUAUAUGAGUUUGAAAGCUUAUGUAUAUUGUACAGUUGAUUGACUAUUUAAUGUUGAAAUGGAGGACUGAUUCUUUUC